AUGAAUACAAAACCGACUUUUUCUAAACCUGGUGAUAGUAUGUGGCAAGAGGAUAAACCAGAUACAGAAGCCCAUUCGUCCACACAAUUUGUAUACAAUGCUCAUCAUUCGCUUGCACUUAAUAUGCAACGUCAACGAUUGCCUACAUUUAAGUAUAGAAGUCAUAUUAUAUACUUACUGGAAAAAUAUCAAACAUUAGUCUUAAUCGGUGAAACUGGAUGUGGAAAGAGUACGCAGUUACCUCAGUAUCUUCUUGAAGCAGGAUGGUGUACAGAUGGGAAAAUGAUUGGCAUCACGGAACCAAGAAGGGUUGCGGCUACAUCUUUAUCUAAUCGUGUUGCUGAUGAACGCAAUUGUAUUUUAGGCACCGAAGUUGGUUAUUCUAUACGUUUCGAUAAUUAUACGGAUGAAACGACAAAGAUCAAGUAUAUGACAGAGGGAAUUCUGCUUCGUGAAUUAAUGAGCGAUCCUUUGUUGACAAGUUAUUCUGUAAUCGUGGUGGAUGAAGUACAUGAAAGGACCCUUCUUACGGAUAUUAUUAUGGGACUUCUGAAAAAAAUAAUCCGGAAACGAAAAAGUUUACGAAUUGUCGUUUGUUCCGCUACGGUCGAUGCAGAACAGCUUCGAGAUUUUUUCAAUACAAAUACAACGAAGGAUUCCGCAAAAGAUACUGCAGUUAUACUUACCGUCGAAGGUAGACUUUAUCCAGUGGAUGUAUUCUACAUUAUAGAGCCAGUAGCUAAUUACGUGACCAGUGUCAUAGAUACUGCUUUGAAAAUUCACGAAAAUGAAGAACCUGGUGAUAUUCUAGCGUUUCUUACGGGUUUGGACGAAGUAGACCAAGCAGUUUCUCUUUUAUCAGAGCAUGCAAAGCUCAUAAAGGAAGGCAAGCAGAAACUUUUACCUCUGGCUAUGUACGGAUCUCUUCCGAACUCAGAACAACUGAAAGUAUUUUGGAGGGCUGCCAAAGACACUCGUAAAGUUAUCGUAGCCACGAACAUUGCAGAAACAUCUAUCACUAUUCCAAAUAUUGUUUAUGUUAUUGAUUGUGGCUUUGUAAAAGUUCCAUGGUAUGAGGCUGAAACUCAGACAAAUUCUCUCGUAAUUGUUCCUGUGUCCAAAGCAUCCGCGAAUCAACGUGCUGGUCGAGCGGGUCGUGUCCGAACAGGAAAAGCAUAUAGAUUGUACACAAAGGAAGCAUACUCAGAACUAUUUGAGGCAACGCCACCAGAAAUGCAACGCUCGGAUUUAGCACCGGCGAUCUUACAAUUAAAAGCUUUAGGAAUUGAUAAUGUAUUAAGAUUUAACUUUCCUUCUGCUCCACCAAGUAAAAAUCUUCUUACUGGGCUGGAAUUACUUUAUGCACUAGGAGCAAUUGACAGUAAUGGAGAAUUAACGACACCAUUGGGCGUAACAAUGGCAGAAAUGCCAUUGGAGCCUGUUUUGGCAAAAUCUCUUAUAGUAUCAGGUGAAAUGGGAUGUUCCGAAGAAUUAUCAACGAUUUUAGCUAUGCUUCAAGUACAAAAUGUUUUUGUAAGACCUGCAGGAGGCCAAGCUGCUAUAAAGGCAAGAAUAGCGCAUAGAAAAUUCGAAGUUGAGGAAGGAGACUUAUUAACGUUGCUGAAUGUAUAUACUGCUUAUGAGAAAAAUAGAACACUUAGUUGGUGUCAAAAACAGUUUCUUAAUAACAAAGCUUUACGCAGAGUUACGGAAAUUCGAACGCAAAUGCAUUCUAUGAUGAAGAAAUUAGAUAUACCGUUGGUUUCGGCUAAUGGAAAUUUACAACAAAUUCUAAAAUGUAUAACUGCUGGACUUUUUCCGAAAGCAGCGUACUUGCAUUAUACUGGAGUAUAUAAAACAGUACGUGGAAAUAAGGAUUUGUAUAUACAUCCAAAUAGCUGUUUAUAUACACUUCAGCAACCUCAAUGGUUACUAUUUUAUGAAGUUUUACAAACAAACAAAACGUAUAUAAAGGACAUAACUGUGAUACAACCAGAAUGGUUAUUAGAAUUAGCGCCUCAUUUUUAUGAAAAAACAUCUCUUGAUCCUAUUUAAUAUAAUUUUUGUAUGUACAUACUUAAAAUAAUAAUGCAGUAAAAAAAAGAA